AUGGGUCACAGAGCGGCGGAUUAUAGACUGCCGAAGAGAAAGAGGAACAUAGAGACAACGAUGAUGGAGCACAUCACAAGAGAGGUUGAUGAAAUUGAUCUAAGUGCUAUUGUCUAUGAGGUGAACCUAGUGGGUUCUAACCCAAGAGAGUGGUGGAUAGAUACAGGUGCAACCCGCCACAUGUGUGUAGAUAGAAGCAUGUUCACCUCCUUCGAACCAAAGGCAAAUGGGGAGAAGUUGUUCAUGGGGAAUUUUGCAUAUUUAGAAAUCCAAGGGGAAGGCAAAAUUGUCCUGAAGAUGACCUUUGGGAAGGAUCUGACUUUAAAUAAUGUACUGUAUGUUCCAGAUAUUCGUAAGAAUUUGGUGUCUAGAUCGUUGCUAAGCAAACAUGAUUUUGUUGUGCCUGAUAACUUGGAAAAUUUAUCUUCCUUGACUUUCCUUGAUUUGACAGAUUCUGGGUUGCACAGUGAGUUCCUUAUAAAAAUUUUUAACGUACCGAAUCUACAGUUUAUUAAUAUGAGAUUCAAUAAGGAAUUGAGUGGUCGUUUGCUUGCUUUCCAUUCAAAGAUGGCUCUUAAGUCUUUGAGACUUGGAGGAACAAUAUUCUAUGGUGAAUUGCCAGCUCCAAUUGGAAACCUUAGUUCUUUGAUUGAAUUGCGUAUUAGAGGUAGCAAUUUCUCAGGCUAUGUUCCAUCUUCAAUUGGGGGUCCAAUACCUAGAUCAUUAUCCAAUUGCAAAAUGCUGGAGUACUUUCAUGUUGGUGAUAAUUUGAUCAGGAAUGUUUUUCCUUUCUGGUUGGGAACUCUUCCCAAUCUGAAUGUCCUUUUACUAGAUAGUUGGUUUUCGGAGCUGUGUAUCAUUGAUCUGUCUUACAACCAUUUCAAUGGAAGCUUGCCUUCAAAGUAUUUCCAGCACUGGAACGCCAUGAAAAUCGAGGACAUGUCCAAGUUGAAAUACAUACAUGCAAACAAGACGUUCGAUGUGGAAAGAUACGCCGUCAAUCGAAAUUUCAAUUUCUCUAUAACAUUGACGAACAAAGAGGUUCUAGACCUUUUUCGGAACAAGUUGUCCAGUGAGAUACCUAAGCAGCUCACAAAGCUUAACUUCCUCAGCUUCUUUGAUGUGUCGGAUAAUGAUCUAAGUGGGACUAUACCACGAGGGGGACAAUUCGAUACAUUGCCGGAGAGUUCGUUCAACGGUAACUUUGGUUUGUCAAUGAAUGGGAAUUCUGAUGAUGUUGACCAACAUCCACCUUCAGUAGUGGGCCAUUUCUUAUUAAGUAUUUAUUAA